AAUAACUUCGAUUCCCACCUUGUUAUGUGAGACUGGAAUGUUCUGCAUAUUUGGCCAAAUGGUUGUAGAUCAGAGCGAGAGACUGGCUCGGUCGGCCUACAGCUGCAGCUGGGUUGACGCUGACGCCCGUUUCAAACGAGCGCUCCUCAUACUCGAGACGAGAGCAUCGCAGCCCCUGGAGUUCUCCGUGGGGAAGCUAAUUAAGCUGUCCAGGGAGACAUUUUUGAAGAUUCUGAAUAGUUCGUACACCCUCAUCAGUCUCCUGUAUCAGUUCCAAGUACCAAAAGAUUGAAACAGCAGAGAAGACCCUAUGACACAGCAAAAAGAAGUAUGCAAGGAAUGCUUCAAGUACGACGAAAAUUUACAAAUAACUUUUCAUCACAUUGCAA